AUUGCCAGAAGCCUUGUUAUAUUCAACGUUGAUGAAAUCAUCAUUUAUCAAGACAAGAUCCAAAAGGCACACCACAAGGUUGAUCCUAAUUUAUUUUUGGCGCGCGUAUUUCAAUAUAUGGAGACACCACAAUAUCUUCGCAAGGCACUUGUACCACUCAGCCCAGACCUUAAAUUUGCAGGUCUUUUGCCACCCCUGGAUGUGCCGCACCAUCCCGGCAUGCAUGAACAGACCCGAUACCGCGAAGGUGUGACAUUGAUGUCUAACAAGGAAGACGGUACACUUGUCGACGUGGGAUUGUUUCGUCGCGUCAGGAUCGACAAGGCGAUCCAGCCAGGUGUCCGUGUCACUGUUGAAUUGGGAUCCCCAAUUGCUGCCAUGGAAACAAGAAAGGGUCAGAAGCCACUGCCAGCUAAGGUUGUCAGUCCAAAAGCUCCUCGUGAAAAGAUGGGUCUCUAUUGGGGAUACUCUAUCCGCCUAGCCUCUUCAAUUUCCAGAGUUAUGACAGAGAGUCCCUACGAGGAUGGCUAUGAUUAUAUGGUAGGUGUUAGUGACCGUUCAGCCAAAGACAUGUAUGGCGUUUCUGGACCCAAAGAGUUUAGACAUCUUUUGGUUGCAUUUGGAGGCCCAAUGGGAGGUCUGCAGGAGGCUAUUGAGGCCGACGAAGAUCUCAAGGUUGCGGGAGAAGAUGCGACCGAAAUGUUUGAUAUGUUCAUUGAUCCCAAUGCCCAGAGUGGAACGCGUGCAGUUCGGUUAGAGGUAAACAAGACAUGA